CUUUUUUAUUAUCCAUUCUAUAAAGUUGUUUAAAUUUAUCUAUUGAACUAUGAGUUAUAGAAUAUGUAAGGAGUGUGGAAAAGAAAAUACUGAAGUUGAUUGGUGUAAAGAAUGUAAUGCAAAACAUUUUCAGCAAAAUUUUAAAAAUUGGACUAGUGGUAAUAACGAUAUUGACAAAUUUAUUCAAGACACUCAACUAUCAGCAACUGAUUAUGAGAAAGUUUUAGAGUGGAUACCUUACAAUAAAUUAUAUGAUAUUGAAUAUAUUGCAAAAGGCGGUUUUGGAAAAGUGUAUAGAGCAAAAUGGAUUGAUGGAUAUAUUGAAAGUUGGGAUAAUAUAAAUAAAAAUUGGAAACGUUAUGAUUCCAAUGAGUUUGUAGCACUGAAAAGUUUAAAUAAUUCAGAAAAUGUUACAUCAGAAUUUAUCAAUGAGAUAACAAUGCAUUUUAAGACUAUAAAAUUCUAUUUUAUUUCUGUUUUUAGAGUUUAUGGAAUUACACAAGACCCAGAAACAAAAAAUUACAUGAUGGUUUUGCAAUAUGCGAAGAAUGGAAGUUUAAGAGCUUAUUUGGAUAAAAAUUAUCAUGAAUUAUCUUGGUAUACUAAGCUAGAAUAUUUAUGGUAUAUUACACUCGGUCUUUAUAGUAUUCAUGAAUAAGAACUAAUUCAUCGAGAUUUACAUAUUGGUAAUAUACUUAGUUUUUUAUCUUAAGUUACGGUAACUGAUAUGGGAUUAUGUAAACCUGCAGAUUAUAAUGUAUCGGAAAAUCCAAAAAUCAGUAUAUAUGGUGUUUUACCUUAUAUUGCUCCUGAA